UCAAGUUAGUCAUGCUGAGAGUAAAGAGUAUAUAUAGAGGAUCAUUUGCUUUCACUAUGUGCGCGCCUGCGCCAACAUUUUUACGUGUGCUGUGAUAAGAAUGGCCUUUUCGGAUAAACUGAUAAAAAAGAAGAAAACAAUUCUAGUGCUAUGCGGGUUUUCUAUGCUCCUGCUCCUCGUAUUGGUGUACACAUGGGGCUCCAAUAGUUAUGCGACAUCCACGUCGCUUACACCUUGCAAAUUUUGUGAUUUUGCCAACAGACGACAAGGACCACCGCCAGUGCUUCUAGUGGAAACAGAUGAAUACGUUAUAUUCAAGGAUAUAGCACCAGCGUCCAAAUAUCAUUAUCUUGCUAUACCCAAGCUACACUUUGAGAGUCUCAAUGCCCUCAACAAAUCGCACUAUGGACUGGUUAAACGCAUGGAGGAGGGCAUGAUCGAGUUUCUUAAAACGAAAAAUGUGGAUGCCAAUAAUGACACAAUUAUUGGUUUCCAUAUUCCGCCGUUUAUCUCAGUGUCGCACUUGCAUUUACAUGGCAUUUCUCCGGCAUCGGAAAUGAGUUUACUUAACAAAAUUAAUUUUAUGGAAUCAUUCUGGUUUAAAUCGGCCAAGUCGGCUCGAGAGAUUCUGGAACACAGAGAACUGUAGCAGUUGGAAUGCUUUUGAUCAAUAUUUACCCAGCUGAUUGUUAUGUUUAAAAAUGAAUUUGUACAACAGCAAAUAAGUGCAAUUGACGGCAUAAAUUACUUAUUUUGAUUUAUCCUA